CGCUUUCACCCGCGUGGAGAAACCUCCCGCCGUUGACUACAAUUCCCAGGGUACUCUGCGCGACGGAGGGGGCGGAGCACCCCAAUCAACAAUUCCCAUUGGCCCACGUGCUCAAAGAACCCAAGAGAAAGAUCCCGGAUUUAAAGAGCCGUUAAGGAAAGAUGGGAGACUUGAGGGUGUCCUGCGGGACAGCGGCUUCCCAACGAGAGGCCAAUCCCCGCAGAGGAACACGGUACCCUGACCAAUUCGAAUCAACUUUGCUCCAUCCUGCCAAUCAGAACGACCUUUGGGUUCCCGCGUCGGUAGGAAAGCCCCGCCCAUCUCUUUCAUGAUUUCCGCAUUGGCGGUAUCCGAGGCCAAUCAAAAGAGGCCACACCCCCAUGUGCUUCUGACCAAUCAUAGUGCGGUUCGCGCCCCAUUCUCUUCCGGAGGUAGUCCUUUAGAAGCCCCACCUCUCCACCAACGCCCGCGCCGUCACGUGAUAGUCAAAGGGGUGGGCCAGAGCCGGUAGUCCUGUCACGUGAUAUGAGAAAGGCUGUGCAUCUUAGCAGCCAUUUUGCCGGAGUGGGACCCACACUUAACAUAAUUUGCUCCCAUCCGUAACUCAACCGUAUCGAUGUUUGGCCUUUCCCCAGUCACGGUCUUUUUUUCUUUUGCGCCCUGAUUUCAGGACUUUCUCCGCUGCUGGGCCAAUUUGCCUGCCAGACGUCAUUUGACCUCUUGACCUCUGACUCGAAGGUCAGCUCAAAGAUUCCAAAUUCUUGGGUCGGGGAUCUGAGGGUGUGGCACGAGCCUGAGCCCCCCUCCCCCCCAGUGUUCGCCCUGGAUCCUUAGAUCCCAUCUGUUAGGCUCCACACCCCGGGUCUGAGUCAAUAUUGACUGAGCCCACUAUUGACUCCUAAAUGCCCUAGUCGGGACUAGUUAACGCCAGUUCAUCGCACUUAUUGAGCCCGGUGUUCAGAACCCGUUCCUGAGACCUGAGGUCCGCUCCUGACUUGGAGUCAGCCCCAGUCCCUGCUUGCAUGGUGCCUAGGUUUAGCCCUGGUUCUUUAAAUUCUGCUGCUCAGUUCCCAGAUUCUGGGAUGCAGCACUAAAACCUUCAAGAUCUCCAUUCCUAAGACCAACCAGUUUGGAAGGAUCUUUCCUCUUCCCAUUCUCUACUUUCCGUAGACCCUGAAAUGACUUCUACUCCUCCCUCAACCCCCAAUCUCUCCGGCUUGGCUGUGCCCCCUCCCUCGAGCCUCCAGGCCCCCGUCCCCCCACCACCUGCACCGCCACCCCCACCCCCUGCCAUGGGGGUCGCCCCCCCUCAUGUAUUUGGCCUAGAGAAGAGCCGGCUCCUGAAGGAGGCCUUGGAGAAGGCUGGCCCCGUCCCCGGGAGCAGAGAGGAUGUGAAGAGGCUCCUGAAGCUGCACAAAGACCGUUUCAGAAGUGACUUGCAGUGGAUUCUCUUCUGUGCCGACCUGCCCUCCCUCAUCCAAGAAGGCCCUCAGUGUGGGCUGGUGGCCUUGUGGAUGGCGGGCACCCUCCUGUCACCCCCCCUAGGAGUUCCCCUGGAGAGACUGGUACAGGUAGCCAUGGAGAGAGGCUACACGGCCCAGGGAGAGAUGUUCUCUGUGGCCGACAUGGGCAGACUGGCCCAGGAGACACUGGGCUGCCAAGCAGAGCGGCUCUUCGAUGGCCUGGGCGGUUCCAAUAGAGACCGAGUCCUUCAGCACCUGGUGGCCGGACAUCCUGUCCUCAUCCCCUACGAUGAGGACUUCAACCAUGAGCCCUGUCGCAGGCAGGGCCACAAGGCCCACUGGGCGGUGAGUGCAGGGGUCCUGCUGGGUGUGCAACAAGCUCCGAGCCUUGGCUAUGCAGAGGACCCCGACCUGCUAGGCUUAUUCCACCCAGUGCCCGGCCUGGCCCACUCACCACCAGCCCUGCCUGAGGAGGGCUCUCUGGGAGCCGUCUACCUGCUCUCCAAGCAGGGCAAGAGCUGGCACUACCACCUAUGGGAGUACAACCAAGUCCGGGAGAGCAAUCAGCAGCUGACGGACUUCUCACCUUCUAGGGCCACCGAUGGCCGGGAAUACGUGGUGCCCGUGGGUGGGGUGCGAGCUGGCCUCUGCGGCCAGGCCCUGCUCCUCAGGCCACAGGGCUCCGGCCACUGACCCACACUGGCUGCCGGGAACACUGCCUGGCUGUCAUCAUCUGAACAGUGCCUCACUCUCUCUUUGUGGUGGCCUGCCCAUGGGUCUGCUCAAGCCCAGGGGACCUCCCACCAGAGAACCUUCAUAACCACUUUUACCAAAGCACUGCUCAGCUCUGGCUUCUGCGGGUGCCUGGGAUUUGAGAGUGGUGAAGCAGUGUUGCAGGUGUCUCUCUUCCUUUUUUUUAACCAGAGUGCUGCUCAGCUGUGGAUUACGGAGGCACAGGCAUGAGCAUCUCUUUGCAUAACCAUUAUGCUAUCUACCCCCCUUCUCCUUUUUAUCACCCACCCCGCCCUCUCAAUUUCUGACUGUCUCUAUCCAAUAAAGAUAAUAUUAAAAAAAUAAAACCAUGAAUUUAGGGUCUGCCACGUGUGUGAUACUGCUGAGUAGCCUCCACAACCCAAAUUUCUUUUGUUUUUUUUAAUUGCCACCAGGAUUAUUGAUGGAGCUCGGUGCCUACACUAAGUCUGCUGCAGCCAUUUUUUCCUUUCUAUUUAAUUUAAUAGGACAGAGAAAUCGAGAGGGUGGUCUGGGAGGUGGCACAGUGAAUAAAGCAAUGGACUCUCAAGCAUGAGGUCCUGAGUUCAAUCCUUGGUAGCACA